AUGUACCUUCAUAUAUGUUAUAAUGGGAAUUUACGAUCUUUUGAGUAUGAAGAAUUCGAUCAGAGAACUAUUAGUGCUGAGAAACUAAAAAACUUUGUUGGAAAAAAAGUACAAAACCAAGAUGAGUACUUUUAUCUACUUUUAAAUGGGAAACCAAUAACUAAAGAUUCUAUUGAACUAUGCAAUUUAUUUGGGAAAGUUAUUCAAGUAGUAGUGGGGCGUUUAAUGGGGGGUAAAGGAGGUUUCGGAGCGACUAUAAAAAGUCAAAAACGUAAGAUUAACAAGAAAAAUCUCAAUAUAGAUUCAUGUAGAGACUUCGCUACAGGGAAACGAAUAUUCAAUAUUCAUAUUGAAGAAGAAAUUAAAAAGUGGAAUGAAAAAAGUUCAUUAGUAACAGAUUCAAGUGUCAAUAAUUCUUGUCGCUCAGAAAAUGAUACUAAUGAAGAAAUAGGAGAACUUGACAAUAAUAUGAGUUAUUUUGAAACUCAUGGAAUUAAGUUAGUUAAUAGAUAUGACAAUAUUCAGGACGCUAUAGAAAGUGGCUUUAAAAAAUUAAAUAAGAUAAGUACGCAAGAUACAGAGAAUAUAUGGACAAAUUAUUAUAUAGACUAUACCAUUGAGCAAUAA